UCUGCAGUCUGCAUAUAUACACUUACAUCAUCACUUCCCUCAAUUGUGUCUCUCUUAAUUUUCAGCGCAAAAAUGGCUACUGCUCUCAUGACUUCCCUUCCACACUUCAAUGGCCUCAAGCCCCAAUCACCCUCACUUUCUCCUCUCAAAAACUUGGUAGCUGUUCAAUCCAUGGGGCGUAAAGGACAGGGAGCGCUGGGUGCUCGCUGUGACUUCAUCGGCUCGCCCACUAAUUUGAUAAUGGUGACUUCGACGAGUUUGAUGUUAUUUGCGGGUCGAUUUGGAUUGGCUCCAUCAGCAAACCGAAAGGCCACUGCUGGGCUGAAGCUGGAGGCAAGGGAUUCGGGUCUUCAGACGGGUGACCCGGCGGGUUUCACCCUGGCGGAUACAUUGGCAUGUGGGGUUGUGGGUCACAUUAUUGGGGUUGGGGUUGUACUGGGCCUAAAGAACAUUGGCGCUAUUUAAAUUUCUGUUUAUAAUAUAAAAUCUUUCUUUUCUCUAUCA